CCUCCUAGCACUUAGCGCAUUUGAUUACGCUGAACGUGCGAACAAGUGAAGAAAGUUUUAUCAUCGAGCUGAGAACUCUUCCGGAAAUUAUCGGAAUUGUGUGAGAAAAGCUAGCAAAACGUUUUAAUUGUACAACAACACAAAACAUGGCUGCCAGUACCAGUGGCGAUAAAGCGGCGGACGAUUCCCUUUAUCCGAUUGCGGUCUUAAUCGAUGAGCUGAAAAAUGAAGAUAUUCAGCUUCGUUUGAACUCGAUUAAAAAACUUUCUACCAUUGCGCUUGCCCUUGGCGAGGAACGAACCCGGACGGAACUGAUCCCGUUUCUAACGGAAACUAUCUACGAUGAAGAUGAGGUUCUAUUGGCACUUGCCGAGCAACUGGGCAACUUUACCUCUCUGGUCGGAGGUCCCGACUAUGCAAUGUACCUAAUUCCGCCAUUGGAAUCGUUGGCAACCGUCGAGGAAACUGUCGUCCGCGACAAGGCUGUUGAGUCGCUGCGUAUCGUUGCUGCCCAACACAGUGCUCAAGAUUUGGAGGUUCACGUUGUACCUACUCUGCAGCGACUGGUUUCCGGUGAUUGGUUUACAUCCCGUACCUCGGCUUGCGGACUAUUCUCAGUUUGCUAUCCACGGGUGUCCGCUGCGGUCAAGGCAGAACUGCGAAACAACUUCCGGCAACUUUGCCAGGACGAAACACCGAUGGUACGGAGGGCUGCAGCUGGAAAGUUGGGAGAAUUCGCUAAGGUGGUCGAAGUAGAGUAUCUCAAGUCGGACUUGAUCUCGAUGUUCGUACAGAUGGCUCAAGAUGAUCAAGAUUCUGUCAGGUUGUUAGCUGUAGAAGCAUGUGUUAGUAUUGCUCAGUUGUUGCAGCAGGACGAUGUAGAACACAACGUUAUGCCAACGUUGCGUCAGUGCGUGAACGACUCUUCCUGGCGCGUACGCUACAUGGUUGCAGAAAAGUUCACCGAUCUGCAGAAAGCCGUCGGACCGGAAAUCACGAAAACUGAUCUGGUUCCUGCGUUUCAAUACCUACUAAAGGAUACUGAGGCGGAAGUGCGCUCAUCCGCUGCUACAAAAGUGACUGAAUUUUGUUCUAAUUUGGAAAAGAGUAGCCAAGAGCAGAUUAUCAUGACUUCUAUUUUGCCCUACGUCAAGGAACUGGUUGCUGACCCAAACCAACAUGUAAAAUCAGCUCUGGCAUCGGUUAUUAUGGGUCUCAGUCCUAUUCUGGGUCGUCAAAAUACGAUCGAGCAUCUACUGCAACUGUUUCUGUUACAACUUAAAGACGAAUGGCCAGAAGUGCGGCUGAACAUCAUUUCAACGCUGGAUUGCAUUAACGACGUCAUUGGCAUUCAACAACUCUCUCAGUCUCUGCUACCGGCUAUCGUAGAACUCGCGGAGGAUUCCAAAUGGCGCGUUCGAUUGGCUAUUAUCGAGUACAUGCCUCUAUUGGCCGGCCAGCUUGGUCAGGAGUAUUUCAACCAAAAGUUGCGCGAUCUUUGCUUCAACUGGCUUAACGAUCAUGUAUACGCGAUCCGUGAGGCGGCAACGUUAAACAUGAAGAAGAUCGUUCAAACAUUCGGAACUCAGUGGGCUGAAACUAAUAUCAUAAAUCAAAUUCUCGUUAUGUAUAAAAACAGUAACUAUUUGCACCGAAUGACUUGUCUUUUCUGCAUUAAUGCCCUGGCUGACGUUGUCGGAGCAGACAUUAUUAAGCGUCUGUUUCUGCCAACCAUUAAGGUUCUCGCCACGGACCCCGUAGCAAAUGUACGGUUCAACGUCGCCAAGAGUCUGCAGAAAUUAUCCCCUUUCCUGGAUCAGGCAGCUAUUGACGAGCACGUUAAACCGAUCCUGGAAAAAUUGAAUACGGACGCCGAUGUCGAUGUAAAGUAUUUCGCCUCGGAAGCGAUGGUUGGAAUUGCAGCUGCUUAAUCGCAACCGAAUAAUUUUGUAUGCAUUGUUGAAGAUAAAGUAGAAGGAAAUAAAAACAUUAAUGAUUAAAGAAUUACUACUUAUCUAGAGAUUGGCUACGCUCGACUGCGAAAGCGUGCAACAGCAACUAUUUUUUCACGACGAACAGUCUCACUCAAAUACUAAUCAAUUAUUUAUUUCCUUCAAUCCUGGUGGAAGAGCCAACCAGCAACACGAUUACGCGAUACAUUAGAAAGGUUAACCGUAUUGAGAAAUAAAUAUACUUAUUGUUUAACAUUCACCAACGCUAUCAUCAGAGACAAAAUUGCCCGCAGGCGACGGCGACGCCCGUCAAAAUUUCAUUUUUUAACAACACUGACUGUGACAAACUUCACGGCUAAAUAGGGACACAGACGCAUUUUGACUUCGGUUUUGUUUUAGAACAGAAACUGAAAAAUGUAACAUGAAUAUGAGAAAAAAAAACCACAGAACAAGUAUAUCCAUCUGCAGUAAUCUAAGUUUAAAUUUAAUGAUGAACACACAUAACGUAAGAUAAUUUAACAUUCAAUAAAAGCUCCAUCCGGAA